GGAAUCGGGCGGGGGCAGAUGGGGCGGACCGGAGGGAGAACAGGCGGGGGCUGGGCGCCAGCUGACUCCUCGAGAUCCGCUGCUUUUUGUUUGUGUGUUUUAAACAUCGGCAGGCAGGAAGAAGAGAAGGAGAAAGAGAAGGAAAGAAAAGAAGAAGAGGAGCGCGGUCAGAUGGCGACCUCCAAACGAGGGAUUAGAUCCACUCGGAAACUCCGAGACUGGACUGUGGAGCAGGUGGAGAGCGGGAAAUUCCAAGGUUUGGUUUGGGAUGACCCGCCAGCCAAAACGAUGUUCCGUAUCCCAUGGAAACACGCCGGAAAGCAGGAAUUCCGGCAGGAAGAAGACGCCGGUUUUUUCAAGGUGCCGAGCUUAAUGCGAGCCGGCUGUGGGGCCUUUUGGCCAGCAGACCAACCACCCUCUCUCUUGGUCCCGCAGGCAGAGACCCCCGCCCCAGAGGUCGUGGCAAGCCACCUGUCCAAUGGUUUCAACUUGCCCAACUGCCAGAACAGGGAAGUCAGUCCUCAGGCCGCUGAACCAGCGCCGGAAAUGAACGAGAUUAUCACCGUCAGCUUGAUGACAAGUCCCAGCCCUGUGAUGGGGGCUGCUACUAGACCAACAGAGGAUUUUUCUCUUUGCGUGUCCAUCUCCUAUGCGGGCGAACCGCCCUGCAGAUACUUGUUACCGGAAGGCGAAUAUCUCUUUACGUCGGACGCAGAAUCGCUGAAUGGUCCCAAUUGUUUGAAACGUUUUGUUUUAACGGCCCCAGUUACAAUGGCCGAUGAGCUGAAGCAAGAGAUCGUUCAGCGUCUGCUCAAGGAUUUGGUAAAAGGCAUCAUGGUGGCCAGUAACCAUGGAGGGAUCUUCAUUUUUUGCCGGGAUAAAGUCUGUGUCUCGUGGUCAGGAUUUUUGGCCCCCGAGGGCCAAAUCAAACUGGAGAAUAACACUCACCAGCAGCUGUUCAAAUCCCAGGAAUUUCGAUCAGCGCUGGAGCUAUACCAGGAAGGCCUGGGACCACUCCCGGAUCCCCGAGUCAUUCUCUACGUGGGAGAUGAACUGGAUGAAAACGGAGGUAGGGGCUGCAAGCCCAUCAUCAUUCAGAUGGAACAGACAUUUGCUAUCCGGAUGCGUUCCUCCGGCGGCUUCCCGUAGUAGAGAUCUUCAUUUUCCUACACCGGUGUGGUUUUCCUGGCCAUCUUCUCUACAGAAACUACGUCCUGAGAAUGCAAAGCUUUUGAUUCCUGAGAAGAAACCAACCAUGGGAACGUUGGUUCGGAGGGCCAAAUUUGGAUGGACGUUGUAUCCGUUAACUUCCGUGCGAUUCUUCCUUCUCCAACUGGGACGUCCUUCCUACAACAGAUUGGGAAGCGCCGCUUGCUGCUGGCGUCCAAAGGAAAACACUAAAAUACGCCCCCCUCAAAAAAAAGAAAAAGAAAGCAAAUUUUGGGACCGGCUCUUUUUCACAUUUUGGAGAUGAGGAGAGGAACGUCCUUCCGUAGCCCGAUCAAUGUCUGCAUUUCCUGGCUGGGAUAUGGAGGGGAGGCGGAUGUCUUCUCCGCCAUCUUCUGCAAAUUAUCUGUUGCUUCCUUCCCUUUCGGCAUGUCACUUUAUACUGUUUGCACUUUACCUGACUCUAAAACAUGCAUAAUCUGGCAGUCUUUUUACUACAUACGUAAAAUAUCUUCGGAAUUAAUAAAACGUUAGUGAAA